GUGAGGUUCACCGGCAGUGUGGUGUAAGAUGAGAGGAGGCUGUGAAACGUGUUUAUAAAUAAAACCAGACGUUAAAACUGACAGCUUUAGUGGAGCAGACAUGAAGACGGUGUUUGUCACUGUCGGCACCACGAGCUUCGACGAGCUCAUCGAAACCAUCACGUGCCCAGAGUCUGUGCAGGCUCUUAAAGCUCGUGGAUGCAAGCGUCUGGUUCUUCAGGUUGGAAGAGGAUCAGCCGUUCCAGCAGCUGACAGCUGCCCACAAGUUGAACUCGAUGUUUUUCGAUUCAAAGACUCGAUAGCAGAAGACAUGAAGCAGGCGGACCUCAUCAUCAGCCAUGCAGGGGCAGGAAGUUGUUUGGAGGCCCUCGGAGCCGGCAAGCCCCUGCUGGUCGUAGUAAAUGACAAGCUGAUGGACAACCACCAGCUGGAGCUCGCUCGACAGCUCCACAUGGACUCCCACUGCUUCUACUGCACAUGCAGCACCCUGACAGAAACUCUGAGGACCAUGGAUCUGUCUGUUCUUCAGCCAUUCCUGCCCGGUCAGCCGCAGCACUUUGCAAACUUUCUGGACAAAGCUCUCGGGGUUCAGAAACUUUGAUUUUAAGGGACUUCUUAACUUCUGUUACAUUCAGGAGAACCAUGUUGUAGAUUAUGAUACUUAGUUAUCAUAUUGUAAUUGCACAGAACACUAUGGCCUCUCAAGGACAUUUGACUUUCUAUUCUUUUAUAUGCAAUGAUAAUAUAUGUAAUUUCCACUUUAAUGUGUGCUAUGACUCAUUUGUAUAAAAGGACUUCGUAAAAUGA